CGGUGGGCAACACUUCCACUCUAUUCUCUGUGGACUCUUAUUUUAAGUCCGUGUGGAGGCCAGUUCUUUCAGAGUACUUCCUUACAUCUUCCGCCGCAACCCAGUCCUCUGGAAGUUGCCCCUUCCCGGCUUUCGUAGCAUUUAUUUAUUUUUUAGGGGUGGAAGAAAAGCACCGAGCGGAACUCCCCCCGCGCAACAACCUCUUUCCGCAGGGAUCAUUUAAAAGGCUGCACCGCAGAGAAGCUUCUCUGUCUUAGUUUCUUUUGCUAAUGAAGGAGGUGCAGGGAUGUACAGUACCUCCCUUGGUGCUAUUGUGGUUGGUAGGCUUGCAGGAGGGAUGUUGUGGAGCUCUUGGGGUUUAACUCCCCAAUUCUGAGUUUGGUGAUCCCUUGGAGCUGCUCUCUAUUAUCGCGCAACCGACCAAAUAAUAGGUUUUGUCUUUGUUGAGGUUGAGUUACUGAGGGAAGGCAGACUGGGGGAGACGGUGGUUCAGUUAUAGCGCAUAACAAAUAUGUCCUUAGAAAUGCGAAACAGCAGAGUCUUAAAAAAGAGAAAAAAGGUUUGACUGUUAUACAAUCUCAGUAGUUGGGUGGGGAAAGAGGGGAAUUGGUCCGCUGCCUUGGAAUUGGAGGAGGGCCAGGAUUGCUUUCGUCUUCUAAGUAUGGUCUUUCCGCUUCUAGAAAAGGUUGUGGGUUCUCCUAGUUAACUGUGGUACUGAAAAUUGUACAGCCUCCUAGGAAUCUGUGCUUUUCAUGUGUUUGUGAGGUUUUUACGUUUAUAUGUGUACAUAUAUUAAACUACUUGAAAAGUUGUUGACUUGGUAAUGGCAGUUUCAGUCUGUUUCAGUUCAUAAAACUGUGAGUUGCUUCUAAUGAUGAUAAGGUGAGCUUUGAACCUGUGGCAUUCUCGUGGAAAUUUCUUGUCUGAGGGUCUUUAAAAUAUCUUUGGAUAUGUUGCAAAUCUGCCUGGGACUCUGCAAAUGCUUCUGCAUUCCUGAACAAACUUUCUUAACAGGCAGUGUAUGAGGAUAAAUUAAACCAUGGAAGAAGGUAAAAAGCUUGACGUUCUUGACAGAACCAGCCAGCUUGUCAAAAGAGCCAUUACUUGGGAGAUCUCUGAUUCUGAAGGAGGCAGUGACAUCGAAUUGCAGGACUCUGUGGCUGUUGUGAGUCACGUGGCAGCUGGUGUUUGGGACCACCUGGACAAAGAAAAGUUGGAAACAUGCAUAAGUCCAGGUGAACCCAAAGAGUUGCCUUUGCUUACAUUAGUGCCCCAAGUACCAUCUUGCUCCCCCAGUCCAGAGAAAACGAAGAAAAAUCAGCCUCCUAAAGGACCAAGAGCAGUGCAGACCAAAGUGAAAGAAAGAAAGCUUGAAAGGAAACUGCAGAAAGAAGAGAAAAUGAGGAAGAAAAAGCAGUGUGCACUAGAAAAAGAGAGACGAAAGGAAGCCGCAGCUGCCUUGAAAUCUUUACGGCCUGAUCAGUGUAUGAAGUACAUGACUGUAUGUGUGGACCCAGGUCUUCUAGAGGAUCCUGGUUCAGAUGCUUUGCUGGAAGCUUUUGAUUCUUUGGAGUGUAAAUACCACAUUGAACCUCAGGCAGUUCCACACAGCAUAACCUGGAAGAGAGAUCUCUCCAGUAGUAUGUCUUGCAUGAAUGGCCCCCAGGAAAAGGCUGAAGAGGAAAGGGAGAUCUUGCUCUUACUGGAGCCUUGGGAUUUUCUCAGACGCCUCUACUCUUUAAUGCAGAGCAUGAGCCCUGGCAAGCAGCAGAAUGUGCCUGAUCUCACCCGAAUGUUGCCCUUUAGCAGCCCGAAAGAUUACUGUGCAAUCUCCUGCAGCGUGGCAGUCAUUGGACUAGAUGCCUACCAAUGGUAUAACCAGCAUCGUGGACACCAGCAGGAAGCACUGAAUCCUGGGCAGGAGGAGGCGCCAGGAUUCCAGCCUGGCCCAGAACUGUUGAUGACAGAGCAUCAAAUACAGGAGGCUCUGGUGGUGCUACAACUCUGGAGUAACACCGGUGUCUUAUUCCUGGAGACAUGGCAGGAGUUUGCCCAGCACAUUUCUGCAAUGACCAAAGCUAUUGCGCAGCGCCCAUAUAAGAAACAGCAGGGAAACCAGCCUUUCUCCUUCUGCGCUGAUGGUGGGUGGGCCAGUGGAGUGCAUGUGCAGAAAGAUGGGACGGGACUCGGACAGGCCUGGCUGAGGCAAAUCCAGCAGCUUAACCGAACCAGCCCUGCCAUGGCAGCAGCCAUCACCAAAACAUACCCUUCACCACAGCUGCUGCUAGAGGCCUACAGAGAGUGUGGCACAGACAAAGAAAAACAGCUCCUCCUAAGUGACAUUCUGGUCAGAAGUGAAGAAAAUGAGAGGGAGCGGCGGAUUGGCCCAGACUUGUCCCGUCGGGUCUACCUCUUCAUGAUAUCUACCAAUCCAGAGCUUGUUUUAGACCUAAGUGGUUAGGUGAGAUAGUCAAAGGCCAGAAUCUCAUUUUUUCUAAUCCCUGAACCUGUUUCUGUAUUGCUGGUUAUUGCAGAAUGGACCUCUAGAAAGCAGUAAAUGUCUUGCACACAAAUAC